CACCCAACACUUGUCAGAUGACCCUGAUCCGUGUGUUUCUACACUGCAACCAGAGCACAAGAAAACUAGAUUACUGCCAUGGACUUUUUCUGGAUGUCCUUUUUCAAUUGAGGAAGAAGACUAAGGGAAAUGGUGAAAUCCACAAUGGACUUUAUUGCUGUGCUAGUGAUUUCAGCCUGUUUCUUCUCUUGGAUCUCAGCAAAAUACCACCACCAUAAUCAGGACAAGGACAAAGAGUUAAAAUACCUCUUGGAGCCUCUGGUAUAUGCUGAGGUCACUGCUCGACGUGGACACGCAGUUGUUUUGCCUUGUGUGAUGAAGUUCAAACCACCGCACUACAGAGUAAAGUGGACUAAAAUCGAACCCCCUAGUCAGGGAGUGGAAAACAUAGUGCUAAUAACAAAUGGAAAUGCGGAUAAGCAGUAUGGCUCAGUCGGGCCUCGGGCGUCUCUCCUGCGCGCACAUAACCUGGAUGUUUCUCUCCGUCUUACUGACCUGGAGCUGGAAGAUGAUGGCAGCUACCGCUGUGAACUGAUUAAUGGAAUUGAGGAUGAAAGUGUUAUUAUUAGACUGAGAAUUGAAGGUGUUGUAUUUCCUUAUCAGAGCCACCAUGGUCGGUACAGAUUUACUUUCUUUGAUGCUAAAGAAGCUUGUGCUGAACAGGAUGCAACACUUGCCACUUACAAGCAGCUUUACAGAGCCUGGACUGAAGGGUUGGACUGGUGCAAUGCUGGAUGGCUGAGCGAUGGAACUGUCAAUUACCCAGUCCUGCACCCACGGCCAGCUUGUGGAGGGGAUCUUUUAUCAGGGAUCCGAAGUUACGGGCCCCGUCACAAAACACGGGAGCACUACGAUGCUUUCUGCUUCACCUCGACUACUAAGGGUUCUGUGUUCUUCAUUCCCGGGCCGUUCAGUUUUGCCGAGGCUGAGCGUGCUUGCAAACGGGAUGGUGCCAGUAUAGCGAAGGUUGGUCAGAUUUACUCAUCUUGGAAGUUUCAGCAGCUUGACCACUGCGAUGGAGGCUGGCUGCAGGAUGGCAGUGUACGUUUCCCCAUCAUCAACCCAAGGGAGCACUGCGGAGGGAUUGCAGAACCAGGGGUUCGUAGCUUUGGGUAUCCCAGCAAAAGUUUGCGGCUUUAUGGGGCUUAUUGCUACAGGUAACUGCUCUAUGUUUAGCUGUCUGGUAAAUUUCUGCUACAGAAUGUCUGCACUUGGCAUACUGGCCUAAAAGUGAAGUCCCAAAAGAGAUGCAGAACGUAUCCUUCAUUUGUGGACUGUAACAGUAUGAGCGCCACUAGAGGCUCGCUGCAGGAAAGGGAAUGUAUGAGCUAUACAGUUAUCAUUCUGGAUUACAGCUAGCAUUAUCAUACGUCUGGAUUAUAUAUAAGUUCAUUUACUAAGCUUGUUUUAAAGCAGAACAUUUUGAGUCCUGGGAAAACAUGACUUUCAAAUUAAGAGUGGAUUGACACAAAGGCUUUACUCCUGCUUGAAUAGCUGCUAGCUUGAAAUGCUAACUCAAUAGCUUUGACUAAAGCCGCACUGUAUGUUUUAGCUGCACAGGCAUUAAAGGAGAAGUUCACUUUCAGAACGAAAAUUCACAGAUAAUUUACUCACCUCGUUCUUGUCAUCCAAGAUGUUUGUGUCUUUCUUUCUUUAGUCGAUAAGACUAUGCAUUCACAUCGCAGAGCCGAAACGAGACCUGCAUUUAAGGUUAAAAACUAUAUAAAUUGUCAAUUUGUUUUGAAAAUGACCGAUCAUUUUGCUAGAUAAGACCUUCCUUGGCUGGGAUCGUUUAAAGCCAUUUGAAGCUGCAUUUAAACUGCAUUUUGGAAGUUCAAACUUGGAGGCACCAUUGAAGUCCAUUAUUUGGAGAGAAAUUCUGGAAUUUUUUUCUUUAAGAAACAAUUUCUUUACGACUGAAGAAAGAAAGACAAAAACAUCUUGGAUGACAAGGGGGUGAGUAAAUUAUCUGUAAAUUUUUGUUCUGGAAGUGAACUUCUCGUUUAAAUAAAUAGCACUAAGAAUAGUAUGUAUUCCAAGUCUAACAAUUAUUCAGUCACUGUAUUUAUAACAACAUGCAUAUGCAGAUUCCACAAGACUUUUAUUUUUUAAAUUAACGUUUUUUUCGUAAACUUGUCUAAAGGGAACAUAUUAUCUUAAAUGUUACAUUGUUUAGCACCAUAUACCGGAAGGUGCCUUAGAGUUGGGUUUUUAUUUAUUUAUUUUAACACUGUAAAUGAACAAAAUAGUAAGAUUGCAAAAUGUGUGAAUAAAAUUGCCAAUGAAAUAUGAAAUCUGUAUUUAUACAUACUCAUUUUUUGUGCCAAUUCUAAAGUGUCAUUUACAGUAUAAGUUACAUACACAUGCACUAUGUUUCAAAACUACAAAAAACAGUCAACUCAAAAGACAAUGUCCCAUAAACUAUUUUUUUCAAAGUGUUUCACAAAUAACAGGCGCACUAUUAGUAAUGCCAGUUAGAAUAUUAACCGCAGAUUUGUUAAACUAAUUCUUAGAAACACUUAAAGGAGAGGUUCACUUUCAGAACUUUCCUGAUCAUUUACUUACCCCCAUGUCAUCCAAGAUGUUCAUG